AUGCGUUCUGGGUCUCUUAUCCUGCUCAUCUCCGCUGCCGUUGUAGCAGUCAACAGCUCCAGCAUCCAGCUCCGCGAGCCGAUGCCUGCUGAGUUAGCUCAGCGGGCAUGUACCUACAAUGGCUGCGCAUGUGUGACCGGACUUACUCAGGGGGUUUACUGCGGCAACUGUGUGGUUGGAGCCGGUACCUAUGCUGUCAAGACCAAGCGCGUAAAGACGCAUGCGUUUGAGUGCAGCUCCAGCGGCGGAUGCUGUGAUUAUGGAGUGGCUAGCGAUUGCGGUACAAGUCGGGCCAGGUGCAAGUCUGGGUCGGCAGUGUGA